AUGAGUUCUAGUGGACUCAUUCUUAUUCAGCAGGCAAAUUAUGCGGCUAUCUUUAUUCAACCCAUACAUUUGACGCUUACAAUUGUUACCAAUACUCUAAAUAUCUUUGUUCUAUAUCGUCGAACUCUUCGUUCGUUUCCAUGUACUCGUUAUUUUCUUGUCUAUUCCAUAUUCAGUAUUCUUUAUGCAUGUUUCACUUGUCCAUUGCAAUUUUUACGUAGUUAUGGUAUUCUUUGGACAAAUACACCUGUCGGUUGUAGAAUGCAAACUUAUAUUUUUCAAACAACAACAUCAAUAGCUAAUUUAAUGAUUCUUUUAGCUUCAAUCGAUCGUUUUUGUUCAAGUUCACAAUCAGCUAAAUUUCGUUCAAUUAGUUGUAUGAAAACAGCACGAUGGAUAAUUUUUAUUGGAAUUAUUGUUUAUACUAUCUAUAUGUCACCAUUACUGGCAAUUAGUUAUUGGAAUAAUACAUGUCUUCAAUAUUCUAGUAUAUAUAUUACUAUUUAUAUGUCAACUCAAAUAACUGUCUAUUACGGUUUAACACUUUUACUGAUGGCUUUAUUCAGUCUUUUGACAAUAUUCAACAUUCGACAACAGUUAACUCGAGUUGGACCUAUGAUUCGAUUUAAUGGAAAUCGUCGUACUGAAGGACAAUUAUGUCGAAUGUUACUUAUACAAAUCAUUGCUUAUCUUUUAUUUACAUUGCCAAUUGGAGUAAUUCAAAUCUUAAUGACAUUUUUACCAUCAAUGCGAACACCAUUAAUUCAAGGUUUACGUUUGGUUUUCGUUAUGUGGCAACAAUGCAUAUUUUUUUUAACAUUUUUUCUUUUUAUUGCAUCAGGAAGUAUUUAUCGACAAGAAAUGAUUCGAUUAUUUAAACGAAUAUAUAAACGUGAGGACUUAACUCAAACCCAUACACAUACAAUUCAACCUUUACCUGGUGGAACUAACACCAAACAUAUAUGA